AUGGCUGAUAUCGGCGAUGUUCCUAGUCAGGGCGUCGGUGUAGAUGAAGCAGAAGUCUGCACAGGCAUCUCAACAGUCACACCUUCCGGCUAUGCUGGUAGCAGUUGCUAUCGUGAUGGAUCUUCACGACAGCCAGUGCAUUUAGAUCGUCGAACAGAAUAUCUUAAUAACUUCCAUAAGUCAACCAUUCAAAACUAUUCACAGUACCAACAUCUUCAUCACCACUCAGGUGGAAUGUUUAGCCCUCGUGUCUGUCCUCCGGGCGUCGACUACGGCCGCCACUACCCAAUCUCAUACUUACGGCUAGCCGAGCAUGGCUUAACUGCGGCGAUGAGCACUGAAGAGCUAUUGUUGGGUCCUUCACCACCAGCGCCACCGCCGCCCAGUGGUCAUCUAUUUCAUUUCCCUUUUUCUAGUUCCUUUGCAACUUCGGCCGUCACCCCUACGUCGACGGCAAGGUCUGGGCGACUUUCUCGACGUGAUGUAGCUCUAGAGACUGGCGCAUCUGCGACCGCAGUAGUGGAUGGCUUUGUGAAUGGUCAGGCUGGAGUCCAUCAGCAUAGUCAUCAUCAUUCACUUCCCCCUGCUCGGUGCUAUGAAUUUCGGGUUAAGUUCAUUUUCAUGCGAUGUUUCAUUAAAGUGCUUUUGUGA